AUGGAGGCCGCGGCGCAGCUGACGCCGGGCGCUGUCCAGGCGAUCGCGAACGGGGCGGUGCCCGCAGCGCUCCAGCCGGUUCUCCAGGUGCUGGAGGUGUGCCGUAUCGCCACCACCAAGAGCGGUAACUCCAGCGCCAACCCCAACCCCAUCCCCUCGGAGCGGGAGCGCUACCGCUUGAUACUCUCCGACGGCGUCAACGCGCACCAGGCCAUCCUCGCCACCGCCUUCAACCCAUUCGUCAGGGACGGCACCCUACGCGCGGGCACAAUCGUCCACCUCAACGAGUUCAUAUGCGACACCAUCCGAGAUAAAAGGAUCAUCAUUAUUGUGAAAAUUGAAAUUCUGCAAACUGCAUGUGCCCUAAUCGGGAACCCCAAAAACUACAUGGCACAAAGUCUAGAGAAGGUACAAGAUCCCAACUUAUCGGCCAUUGCUGCUCAAAAUUCUGGUGCUCCAGGCAUGCUGGAGUCUUCUGUUGCUCUAAGAGCAGAUCAAGCUUCUAAUAAUCUGUCAUAUGGUGGACCCUUUAAUGAUGUUCAAGGCAUGGUAGGUUUUUCCAUUGGCCGGACAGUAGAACCUGAUCAUAGCAAUGUGUUUACUGGAGGCUCUUAUGGUACAUUGUCAGCACAAAACACAGUAAAUGCAAAUAUGGUGGAGCCAAGAUUUCAGCAGCCUUCUCUGAUCUCUCAUCAAAACCAAGGGUUUGCAGUUACUGGCACAGGUGAGGCCUUGACCCCUCCAGGCAAUGCUCACCGGCGCCAUGAGCAUUCAUAUCAGCAGCUACCUUCAGGGUAUAUCAAUAGAGCUUCAGUUGCUAGUGAACCGACAUCCCAUGUUGUCCCCAUUUCUUCAUUGAAAGUUUACCAGACUAGAUGGACAAUCAAGGCCAGGGUGACUGCUAAGACUGUUGUCAAGCAUUGGAACAAUGCCAAAGGUACAGGGAAACUUUUCUCAUUUGAUCUCCUUGAUGGAGAAGGUGGACAAAUUCGUGCAGUAUGCUUCAAAGAAGCGGUUGAUCGGUUUUAUGAUCUAAUUGAGGUUGAUAAGGUGUACUUGAUAUCUAGAGGAGCAGUGAAACCUUCACAGAAGCGGUUUAAUCCUUUGAAUAAUGAUCUUGAAAUAACUCUGGACGCCUUACUGUCAUCUGUAGAGAUUUGUUCUAGUGAUGAUUUCAAUAUUCCUAAGGUGAAGUACAGUUUUCGCCAGAUCAGUGAAAUAGAGAACAUGGAUAAUCAUACUGUGGUAGAUUUACUUGGUGUUGUUACAUCAGUUGGUCCUUCUGUUAUGAUGACAAGGAAGGGUGGCACCCAAACCCAGAAAAGAACCCUUCAAUUGAGGGACAUGUCUGGUCGGAGUGUGGGAGUGACCUUUUGGGGAAACUUCUGUGAUGUUGAAGGGCAGCAGUUACAGCUGCAGUGUGAUUCUAGUUUCAAUCCUAUACUUGCUUUGAUAGGUGCCCGUAUCAGUGAUUUCAGCGGUAGAUCGGUGAGUACAAUAGGGUCAACACAGUUGACAAUAAACCCAGACUUUCCUGAUGCUGAAAGGCUGAGACAGUGGUAUGUAACUGAAGGAAUGGCCACUGCUUGUCUCUCUCUAUCUCGGCAACAGUUUAAUUCAGUCCAGGCUGAUGUCCGCAAAACAAUUGCACAAAUCAAGGACGAAACCUUGGGACGUGGUAAGACAGACUGGAUCACUGUUAAGGCUGCGAUCUCACAUGUGCAGACUGAAAAUUUUUGUUAUCCAGCAUGCCCCUUUGUUUUUAAUGAGAAGCCAUGCAACAAAAAGGUCAUAGAGAGUGGUGAUGGGAUGUGGUUUUGUGAAAGAUGUGAUAAGAGCUCUGGAAGCUGUGAGUACAGUUACAUGGUUAAAUUUCAAAUCCAAGAUCACACCAGCACUAUCAACGCUACCGCAUUCCAGGAGGCUGGUGAGAAGAUAUUUGGCUGCACUGCACAAGAACUUCGCACAAUGAGAAAUGUUGACCAUGACGAAGCACUAUUCACAGAGAUCAUAGAAGGAGCCCGUUGGCAUCUAAAUCUAUUCAAGUUGAAAGUUAGGGAGGAAAGCUACAACGAUGAACAACGUAUUGGAUGUACCAUAGUUAGUGCUGAAAAGUUGGAUCCAUCCAAAGAGAGUAGUAUCCUUUUUGAAGCCAUUGACAGCCUUAUGCAGAGCAGAUCAGGCCCAAGCCCAGGAGAUCAGGGCAACAUUGCCUCUAAAGCUGGUUUCAGCAAUUCACCAGGUGGUCGCAGUGCCAUCAAUAUGUGUGGCGCAAAUCAGUUUGGGCAGCAAGGAAGCAUAGAUGGGAGGGUGUCUACUACACCAGCGGGUGGAGGCUUCACAGGCAACAACUAUGGCUCUGCUGCUGGCAAUGCCAGAUCAGAUGUGUGUUUCAAGUGUAAUCAGCCUGGGCACUAUUUCAGAGACUGCCCGAGGCAUGUUACUGCACCCCAGCACCAGGCACAUGACAAUGGUGCUGCAUUUGGAGGCUUUACAGGUGGCAACUAA